UGCAAGGAAUGUUUUGCGGCUUGAAAUCUUUCAGUCUUUCAUAUUGUGUUAAAAAUAAGUGAUAAUUCUGCACUGCUAUAUUUCGACUCUAAGUGCCGCUGUUCAACCUUUGUAUCCUUGUAGUGGGUUUGUUAUCCAUCCCUUUAACAAAGCAAUAGCAUAAUUCAGACUACAUCAACGGGGACACUGGAUGCAGACCGGAAAAAAAUCGCUUGUUAGCUUUAGUCUCCAGUUUCAUUAAACCCGGAAUAAACAGAUUUGUGGAAAAUUCUAAUUCAUCAUAUAUUUUGUUUAAAUUGCCUCUGCGCAAUCUUUGUUGGUCACAAAUGGAGUCGGGAGGAAAAUGCUGGGUGUAUGGUUGGCUAUUCUACACAGUGUGCGCCAUUUCUUUAUUUGCGACUGAAGUGACUGGACAGAUUCGUUAUUCUAUACCCGAGGAAAUGGCAGUGGGCUCGAAUGUUGGAAAUAUCGCCUCGGACCUUGGACUUGAACCUAAAAGACUGAUUUCAGGCAAAGCGCGUGUGUUUACCGCGGAGAGCAGUGAGUACAUUGGACUAGACAAAGAGAACGGACAUCUGGUUAUUAACAAUAAAAUCGACAGAGAGGAAUUAUGUGGAGAGAUUUCCGCGUGUAGUGUAAGUUUUGAUAUUAUUUUGGAUAACCCGAUGGAGCUUUAUCGUGUUACAGUUGACAUACAAGACAUCAAUGAUAACAGCCCCGUAUUUCCGAGAUCUAAAAUCGAACUAGAAAUCAGUGAAUUAGCUGUAUCGGGUGCGCGUUUUCCAUUAGAGAGCGCAAUAGAUCCAGACGUGGGAGUGAAUACACUACAGAAAUAUACUCUUCAUCCCACCGAUCAUUUUAAACUAAAUGUGCAGAGUGCUGAAGAUGGUAGUAAAAACGUCGAGAUGAUUCUUCAUUCUCCAUUAGACAGAGAAAAAGAAAAACAUCAUAAUUUAAUCCUGACGGCCUUCGAUGGUGGAAAACCACAAAGGUCUGGGACUGUGCAAAUAAAUAUUGUUGUUCUUGAUGUAAAUGACAAUGCGCCUGUGUUCACACGUUCGUCUUACAAAACAUCUGUUGUUGAAAAUGCUGCUAAAGGUACAGUCGUUACAACAGUAAGUGCGACAGAUGCUGACGAGUCAAGUGAUGGUGUACAGUAUUAUUUUGAGCACGCGACCUCUGCAGUUAAAUCUUUGUUCUCCAUUGACGCGGAUUCUGGUGAGGUUAGAGUUAUAGGUGACAUAGAUUAUGAAAAACACAAGCAGUUUAAAAUCAAAGUCAAAGCUAAAGAUAAAGGCGGUUUAACUGACUCGAGUGAGAUCAUAAUUGAUGUCAUAGAUGUAAAUGAUAACACACCAAAAAUUACAAUAAUGUCUUUUACUGGUACUGUAUCUGAAGAUGCAACACUUGGCACUAUUAUAGCAAUGUUAAACGUUCAAGAUCUAGACUCAGGUGACAACAAUAAGAUUACUUGCUCUAUUGAUCUGAACUCUCCAUUUAAAAUCGUAUCGUCAUUAACUAAUUAUUACAACCUGGUGACAGAUUCAGAAUUAGAUAGGGAACAGACAGCAGAGUAUAAUAUCACUAUAACUGCUGUUGAUGGAGGUAACCCAGCUCUGUCAAGUAAAGAGAUUUUGAGACUGAAGAUAUCUGAUGUGAAUGAUCACGCACCUCAGUUUAAGCAGGAAUCAUAUAAUGCUUUUAUAGCUGAAAAUAACCCACCAUCUACAACUAUUCUGUCUGUGAAAGCAGAGGACAUGGACUGGGGGCAAAAUGCUAAGAUUUCUUAUUUCCUUAUUGAUGGAGAUUUAAAUGGAUCACCUCUGUCCUCUUACAUUUCCAUAAAUUCAGAGAGUGGUGUGAUCUAUGCAGUCAAAUCUUUUGAUUAUGAACAACUGAAAUCAUUCAGAAUGCAAGUUAAAGCUCAAGAUGGAGGCUCACCGCCUUUAUCCAACAAUGUGACUCUUAACAUCUUCAUUCAAGAUCAGAAUGACAACGCUCCUCAGGUUCUGUAUCCUGUACAAACUGGUGGUUCUGUGGUGGCUGAGAUUGUGCCUCGUUCUGCAGAUGUUGGUUAUCUCGUCACUAAAGUGGUGGCUGUUGAUGUGGACUCUGGACAGAAUGCCUGGCUCUCAUAUAAACUACAGAAAGCCACAGACAGAGCGCUGUUUGAAGUGGGUUUACAGAAUGGAGAAAUAAGAACUGUGCGACAGGUGACUGAUAAAGAUGCUGUGAAACAAAAACUCACUGUUGUUGUUGAAGAUAAUGGACAGCCGUCACGCUCAGCUGUGGUCACCAUUAAUGUGGCAGUUGCUGAUAAUUUUCCUGAAGUGCUCUCAGAAUUUUCAGACUUUACUCAUGAAAAGGAAUACAACAACGAUCUGACUUUUUAUUUAAUUUUGGCACUUGCAGUAGUUUCACUGCUCUUUAUCGUCUCAAUUAUUGCAAUAAUUUCAGUGAAAAUCUACAAAUGGAGGCAAAAUAAGUUAUUUUAUAAAUCUGGAGCAAAUCUACCUGUAAUUCCAUAUUACCCACCAGUUUAUGCGGACGGCACAUUACAGCAUGUGUAUAAUUAUGAAAUGUGCGGCACCACUGACUCAAGGAUGAGUGACGUGAAGUUUGUCAGGCCCUACAGUCAGAACACACUCGUGAGCCAGAGUCAUUUGGGGACAAUACAGAGAGAACAGAAGAUACAAGAGAAUGAUGACAUUAAUUCAGAGGUGAGACGUUUAAUUGACUGUCUUAUGAUCAUUCAAAAGCAUUUCUUAAGGAUUUUUUUUUUUUUGUCGAGCAUUAAUAUGAAGGGGUGAUUGAGUAUGCUUUGGGGUGUUUGGGUGAUGCUCAGUGACAAAACCUGACACAUUAGCUUAUGCUUUGCAUACUGUAUUUACAGUCAAAGUAGAUGGCUUUGUUAAUUAUUACAGGUCAAAAAAACUUCUUUUAUAGAAUGUUUAAGGAAGUUAGUGCAAACAUACACUGAUGCUCAAUAAGGCAACAUGAUUCUUUAAGAGCCAGAUCUGCUUUCUGAACAGGAUGGUCGGUAUAAAUUAUUUUAUUUAUUUUGUCUUCUGGGACAUAUGUAUAUAUGUAUAUACAAUUGACACAUAGCGUCCAGUUCCCAAGUUUAGAUUAGCAUUUCUUGCUCUUAAUAUACUUGUAUCCUUUAUUGAGCAUGUGAAUGUCUGUACCUUUUGUAAUACAGUAGUCAACAUUUGAAGUGGAUCAAAAAAAGUUAAUUAAAGUUGUCCUAUUACAAGAACAGGUUUUGGGUAUUGGUUUUUAACCAAGUUGUAGUUGUGGAUGGGCCCCUCAAAUGUCCUUAGUGUUAAAAGAUAAAUCUUAAGGUAUUGCUGGAAAAGAUUCAGAUGUGAAGAAGCGCAGGACCUGACAGAUUUGUUUGAUGGACAGUGGCAGUUUAAUGGCUAAAGAUAAAUUAGGCACAUAUUAAAUCACAAAACAUUGAAACAGUUGAUGAUCCUUCGUGUAGCAUUGUACAGUAUUAAAAAUCAAAUGUUUGUAAAAUUUGCAAAGUUUUGUAAUUGUAGGUUGUGGACAAUUUAUCAUCAUUAGUUUUGUGAAAUAUCUUGUUCAGUAUUAAUAAAAAUGAACUUUUAUAAUUCCUCUGAUUCUUGUUA